CUGACUCUUGAGGACCCUGACGUAGCAUGCCUGUCUGACACAACAUUAGCUCACAUGCUAACAGGCUAACUGGCUAACAGGCUACCUAACAGUCAGAAAACAAAGACAAGAGCUUUAAAGAUGGCAGAAGUCAAAGUGAAGAAGGAGGCGAACCUGUCAGACCCCGCGGAGGUGGAGAACAGGAUCAAACAGCUGUGUCAGCAGUUCCCUCACGGUAUCACAGACCAGGUGAUUCAGAACGACAUGCCUCACCUGGAGCCUCAGCAGAGAGCCAUGGCCAUCAACAAGCUGCUGUCACUGGGUCAGCUGGACCUGCUGAGGAACAGCUCAGGUCUCCUGUACAGACUGAAGGACGGGCAGAGCGCCAGUAAGAUGAAAGGUUCAGACAACCAGGAGAAACUGGUUUAUCAGAUCAUCGAGGACGCAGGAAACAAAGGUAACAAACUACAUUGUGAUGUCAUCGUGACUCCGACCAUAAAAGGGUCAUCCUGCUGCCACUGUCGCACUGUUUUCUCUGCCCUGCAGCAGAGUCAACAACCAUUUCACCUUAAGCUAAUGGUUUUUUUUUUAGAAAUGCUAUCAAAGCUCACUCGCUCUGUUGCUCAUGACGACACGUCCUGUUGGGUCACAUGGUCAGCUGCAGACGGUUCAGAUGUUUCUGUUGGUCACAUGACUGUGUUGUGUGUUCAGGCUGAAGCAGCGAGAGACAGCAAACAGAGUCCCAUGGUUCAGAGGAACAGCUCCUUCGCCACCUCGCAUGAAGUCUGGAAGUACAUCUGUGAGCUGGGAAUCAGCAAGGUGGAUCUGUCCAUGGACGACAUCGAGACCAUCCUGAACACGCUGAUCUACGACGGGAAGGUGGAGAUGACUGUUAUCGCCGCCAAGGAGGGAACUGUGGGUAGCGUGGAUGGACAGAUGAAACUUUACCGUGGCGUCAACGCCGUCAUCCAACCCACCGGCCUCGUCAGGACGCCCUGCGGACUCUGCCCGGUGUUUGAUGACUGUCACGAAGGAGGAGAAAUCUCUCCAUCCAACUGUAUCUACAUGACGGAGUGGUUGGACUUCUGACGGCUGCUGUCGUCUCUCUGUUCUUUUCUCUGUGAGGAAACUUUGACUCUAUUUUCCCGGCGCUCUGUGAUCCACCUCAGUUAUUUUUUGUAUUUAUUGCGAAGUUUAAUAAAAGCAGGAAUGAGAAA